AUGAAUCACUCACAACACCAAGAUCCAACCAAAGAAGAUAAAGUUGAAGAAGAAGAAAAAAUCAAAGCCAAAGAAUUCAACAAGAUUGGUUUUCAGAACAAUCUUGAGCUCAGACUGGGCGUUUCAUCCAGCAACAGCAGCAGUAUGUUGAGAGAGAGAAUGGGGUUGUCAGCAUGUACUGAUAUUGGGCUGCUUAUGAACAAAUUUAUAAGUGUACAUGGCCCGAAGAGUAUAAAUGGGCAGGAGGCCUGGCUUUUCUCUGACCCGCCCAAUGGGUUCAUUGACCCGUGGAGCCUCGCGGCUAGGCAGCAGAAGGCUGUUCUUGAGCAGGCUCAUAAGAAGACCACAAAUCCUUCUUCCACUUCUCCUUCUCAUGGUCUUCGGAGGUGCAUUUUUUUUGCCCAACGGUGCAAAAUCCACUGGAACUCCAAUUAUUUACCAUCAAUCAUAUACAUAACUUAUGCCACAUUGCCACCCUCUCCGUCUGUUGUCGGCUGGCCGCCGGUCUGUGCGUUUCGCCGGAAUAUGGCGAGUUCUCAGGCGGCGAGGCCUGAGAUAGAAGAGGAGAGGGAAGCUAAGAGGGCAAAGAUUGGUGAGGGAGAAGCUUUCAAUGGCUUAUCAGCUGAGGAGACAAAGAACAUUGCGAUGUUUGUGAAGGUGAAAAUGGAAGGAUAUCCUGUAGGAAGGAAGAUUGAUCUUAGGGCUCAUUCUUCCUAUGAUUCACUCUCCCAUUCACUCAGAAUAAUGUUCAAAAAUGUCAUCUGUCUUGAUUACCCAAUUUCUGAAGAACAUAUUGGGGAAACUUUUAAUCGUGAAUAUCUUCUUCUUUAUGAAGACCAUGAAGGAGAUCGAAUGCUUGUUGGUGAUGUGCCAUGGGAAAUGUUCCUUACUUCAGUAAGAAGGCUGCAUAUUGUGCCAAACCCAAAAUCACCAGCUAACAUGGAUGCUAGGGAAUAUGAGAAUUGACCAAGAUUUUUGCUACAUAUCAGGCAGACCUCAUUUGAGUAUAGAUGGAGUAGCUAACUUUCUUUUUUUCUUUUGUUGCAUGAUUAAGUACUUGUUCCAGUUUUACGGCAGAUGCUAAAAUUUGAUUUUCUGCUUGUUAUGACAUUGUGAUCAGUAUCUAUGGAGUAGAUCAAGCAAAUCUAUCCAUCUAAUUCCAAUGUUUUAUUAUGAUUAUUUAAUUAAGGAAAUAAGUUGUAAAUGUUAU